UUAGAAAUUGAGAAAAACGAGGGACGCAAGUUACCAGUACUCCAGUUGGCAUCUGUCAAAGUAUCGCGUGUGGGAGCCCUGAUAGUGGCCGGACGCUACGCUAAGAUGAGUCGAGUUCUUCCCCAGACUCCUUGGUUUAUCGACGGUGAGCGGAAAUUGGAGUCAUCUGUGGAAGAGCUCAUUUCUGCUCGGAUUGCACCUCUAUUCGGGCCAAACACAACCUUUACCUUUGUCAGCUCUGGUCGAGAAGACGUUGAUGUGAGGUAA